AUGGCGUCUCAUCACACGAAUGUGGUAUACCAAUUAUUCAUGGAUGCGACGACCACACCUCUAGCACAAUGGCAAUGGCUACUCUUGCUGCUCGUCCCUUGCGUGCUGCUGCUCCUACUCGCCUCCCGCCGUCCCCUCCCCUGCAGCAACGACAAGCAGAGACGGCAGCUCCCGCUGUCCCCUCCGGGACUGCCUAUCAUCGGCCACCUGCUCCUGGUCGGCGACCGUCCGCACGUCUCCUUCCGUGACCUCGCCGCCAAGCACGACGACCGCGGUGGCGGCGGCCUCAUGCUCCUCCGCCUCGGCACGGUCCCGAACCUCGUCGUGUCCUCCGCACGCGCGGCGCAAGCGAUCCUGCGGACGCACGACCACGUCUUCGCCUCGCGGCCGGCGUCGUUGCUGUUCGACGACCUCGUGUACGGGUCCUCCAACGUCGCCUUCGCCCCCUACGGCGAGCACUGGCGGCAGGUCAGGAAGCUCGUCACCACGCACCUGCUCACUGUCAAGAAGGUGAACUCGUACCACCAUGCCCGCCAGGAAGAGGUGCGCCUAGUGCUGGACAAGCUCAGGGAGGCAGCGGCCAUGGACGCGGAGGUGGAUCUCAGUGAGAUGAUGAACGCGUUCGCCAACGACAUCAUCUGCCGUGCUGUAUGUGGCAAGUUCUCCAGGGAAGAAGGCCGGAACAAGCUCUUCCGCGAGCUGAAUCACACCACCACUGUUCUGCUGGCAGGAUUCAAUCUGGAAAGCUAUUUCCCAGGGCUUGCAAAGUCGCUAGGUGUGUUUGUGAGCAACAGGAAGGUGCACCAGGUACACAAAAGAUGGGACGACUUGCUUGAGGAGAUCAUAAGCGACCACGAGAGGAGGCGCCGGACCUCCAAGAACGGACAUGGUGAGGGCGAUGAUGAACAAGAAGAGAGCACACACUUCACCGAUGUGAUGCUCUCUGUUCAACAAGAGUACAAUAUCACCAGAGAUCAUAUCAAGGCCAUCUUGAUGGACAUGUUCGAGGCAGGCACGGCCACAUCAUCUUCAGUUUUGGAAGCGGCCAUGGCCGAGCUCAUGCGCAGCCCUCAUCUCAUGACCAAGGUACAAGCCGAGGUGAGGAAGAAGACACCGAAGGGGCAAGAAAUGGUCAGGGAAGAGGACCUAGCAGGCAUGCCCUAUCUGAGAGCCGUCGUGAAGGAGACGCUAAGGCUACACCCACCUGCUCCGCUCCUCGUGCCCCACCAAUCCAUGGCGGACUGCGACGUCGACGGCUACACAAUCCCCUCCGGAACGAGGGUCAUCAUCAACGCGUGGGCUAUCUCUAGAGACCCAAGGUCAUGGGAGAACCCGGAGGAGUUCGUGCCGGAGAGAUUCGUGGAUGGUGGCGCCGCCGCGGACCUGGACUUCAAGGGAAAUGACUUCCAGUUUACGCCGUUCGGGGCGGGCCGGAGGAUGUGCCCUGGGAUCAACUUUGGGUUGGCUACGAUCAACAUCAUGCUGGCAAACCUCGUGUAUUGUUUUGACUGGAAGCUGCCGGCCGGCAUGGAGAAGGAGGACAUUGAUAUGACGGAGGUGUUUGGAUUGACGGUCCACCGGAAGGAGACGCUCAUCCUUGUCCCCAAACCACAUGCAUGA